UCUGCUAAGCCCACCCUACUUGCUUCAACCGAAACGAAACAUGAUGUAGGUUUCCUACAUUUUCAGAGUGGUAAGGCUGUGACACUUUCAGGAAAUAAUUUCAUUUUAUUUUUACACGUUGCAGUUACAUCUUGUAACAACGUGAGGUCGUUUAUGUUACGUCGACCGCCUCUGAAUAGUCGUGUGAAUUUCAGCAAAUGAUAAUGGGCAGACACUCACUAUGGCUGCUGGCAUGCUGUAACUUGUCUGCCUCGAGUUAAAGCUGAACAACUUGUUCCAUCAAGAUUAGUUUAGUGCCAGUUACAUGGCAACAUUUGGUGAUCCAUCUACCAUUUGGUGACAGUUAGCCAAACGAGUUGAGAGUUUUUUUAUUUUCUUUGAUUUUACUUUUCCGCAAGAAUCACCGGAUUUGUUAUUCGAUGGUCGCCAGACCUAACAAUUUCUUGAACUUGGUUUGCUAUCAGGAAGCAGGAAACGCCAAGAAAGGCUACAGACAGUAAGCGUUUGUAAACUGGACCAUUAGCUUGCCAUCACGAGUUACUUUUGUUUACCUGAUCGAAAUUUGUAUAAAUCGGACAUGGUGCAAGCUUAGUUAGCUAGAGCUAGACGCAAACGUCGUUAGCCGUAGGCUAGAUUUGGUUAAUUAGUUGUCUGCCUAAUUUAGUGAGUUGGAUUACUUGCUCUCUAAAUAUGACUGGGGAUUCAACUGCGAACUUCACUGUUCUUAACAGAACGUGUAAGUUAGUAGUCCUUCUAUGUUUCCUUCAUAUUUCUGUCACUUUAGUUUUUUAUUUGAGGUCGUUUGACAUUCGCAUAGCGUUUGUGCAAAAUCAUCAAGCGCACAAGCCCCAAGACCUGACGACAAGCAAAAUACUGAAAGAUAUCGAGCUCACAGAACAAGAGCCAGUUGAAUCCCGAAAGGCGUCUGGUGUGGGUGACGUUGCUAAUGUUUCAGAAGAGAUCAAAAUACUUCGAAACUGCCCUGAAACAUCUCCUCUUCUUGUGGGGCCUUUGAGGAUUGAGUUUUCAACCCCAGUCAACCUGGACACGGUGCGGAACGAGAACCCCAAUGUGAAGACGGGCGGUCGCUUCAAGCCCAGCAACUGCAUCGCCCUGCAGAAGGUUGCCCUCAUCAUCCCCUUCCGCAACCGAGACGAACACCUGAAGUUCUGGCUCUACUACCUGCACCCUAUCCUCCAACGCCAGCAGCUUGACUACGGUGUCUACGUUAUCAAUCAGGAGGAUAACGAAGUCUUCAACCGAGCCAAGCUCCUCAACGUCGGCUACGCGGAGGCCCUGAAGGAGUACGACUACGGCUGUUUCAUCUUCAGUGACGUGGACCUUAUCCCCAUGGACGAUCGCAACACCUACAAGUGCUUCAGCCAGCCCAGGCACCUGUCGGUGUCCAUGGACAAGUUUGGCUUCAGGCUUCCAUACAACCAAUACUUUGGGGGGGUGUCGUCCAUGAGUAAGGAGCAGUACCUUAAGAUCAAUGGCUUCCCCAACAACUAUUGGGGCUGGGGAGGAGAGGAUGACGACAUCUACAACAGGCUCAACAUCAAGGGCAUGUCCAUAUCCAGGCCCAGCGGCCCCAUUGGGAAGUGCAGGAUGAUUCGACACGAGCGUGACAAGAAGAACGACCCCAACCCCCAGAGGUUUGACCGCAUCGCCCACACGAGGGACACCCUGCAGGUGGACGGGAUCAACUCGCUGUCCUACAAAGUGGUCAGAGUGGAGAAGGAUCAACUGUACACCAAAAUCUCAGUGGACUUGGGGAAACCUAGCCAGUGACCAGCGGACCAAUGAAAGCAAUAACCAAAACCGCCUUGGAGAACUGGCUGGGGUUUCUGUGCUUUAACAAGCAACCAAAUGUGCCUGGACACUCUUUUGUAUAAAAUAAAAAAAGGUCUGAAUGUUCUGGGAUCUUCGUCGUGGCGACAACAAACGCUUGACUGAUCAGUUCAGCAAAGACAUGGCCGGCAUCCCUCUUGUCUUCUACCUUUGCAUGACUGACGGUGAAUCAAACUGGGAUGUGCAACUUUUUUAUUUUUUCAACGUUUAUUUCCUGGAACACGGCUGUUGACAAAAGGAGAGUCAUAGUGGAUCCUGAUGAAAAAAUGUCAGUGCGCUUGACGAGUGCUGUGUCUUUGAACUCUCUUUCUAAAGAUAGCUGCUGAUUAUGAAUCCUGUGUAAGCCAUUUUGUUCUGAGUGGAAGUUUAGUGAGGUGACAGGUUCAUCAGGACAGUCAUCAGGACAGUCAUCAGAACAGUCAUGCAGUCAACGUUUUUUUUGGUGUUUUGCUCAAUUGUAGUUCACAUAUCUUCAAGGGAUAUUUUGGGAAUUGUGUCAUUGAUAUUUAAUAGUGGAGGAAAGGGGUGGUGUUGUCUGUUGCCAGAACACCCCGUCACUUAGCUCAUCAGACACGGCUGCCUGCGUUUCCAAACAGGUCCACAGACCUGAUAACCCAAAGGAUCCCAAAUCCACACGCACAAGAGUUUCAACAGCCACCUCAAUGCAAAUCAUUAUUUUCACAUCCUCACAACUUAAGUGUCCUUAUAUGUGGUGUUUUCAGACUAAUGAAUUUUUUUUUUGGAACGUGUCGUCUCGGAGACUCCCUUCGAUGUGAAGAGCGCCCCCCUCAGGCAGCUGCUGGAACUCCAGGCUUCCUGAAUGUAUUUGCCUGAUGGAGUGUAACGCUAGCGUGUACGGGCGGGUUUCUGGCCUGUCUGGCGCCCUAGGCCAGAUCUCUAAAUUAAUCAAUUUAAAAAUAUAUUUUUGGAGGCAGGGUGGGGGCGUGGGGUGCGCCCAAUCAGUGCCUGCCUAACCCUCCCACCCCCCACCCCACAGCAACUGGUGUCCUAGGCGAUUAUGCGUAGAAACGCAACUGAGUGUGUGUAUGGUCAAACGCGGUUGUCUGUAAGUGAGACUUUCACAGAGGUUCAUCUCCAUUUUUGCGUUAGUGGGCUGAGCUCAACUGGAUGUACUGUAGGAAAUCAUCACAAGCAUCGCUGAGUUCGAGUAUUUUCCCGAGAUGGUGUGUGUAUAGUUGAAUAUUUUUUUAAUCAAAGUAUGUUGGAGCUUCAUCCAAGAUUAUUCCCCCUGCAUAUGUAAAACUUUAUCUUUGUUGCAUGGCAUUGCUCAAAUGUAUAAUUAUAUAUUGUUUGGGGGGGGAGCCGUUGAGAUUUCUAAUUGAAGGUCAAAUCAGUUCCGCCCUGUGAAAUGUGUCUGUACAGAUCAAGAACAUCGGCCUCCUGUCCCUUAAAUCUUAUCCCUUUAAUUAUUUUCGUAAAUGCUGGACUAUGGUUGGUGUCUCAGGUACAUAAUGUACCAAAGGUUCAAAUGUACCAGCAAAGCCAUAUAUGUAUAUAAACAUAUAAUAUAUAUAUAUAUAUUUACACACAUUUCAACUGUCGCAAAGACCGCCAAGUCAGAUUCCCUUCCAGCUUUUAGCCCUGUGGGCUCAUUCAGGAAACGAUAUCAGGGGUCUGUUCAAGAGCAUUGCCUUCUGCUCUCGUUAAUGUAUGGCAUCAUGUAGAAUGCACAGCACUUAACGUAAUGAUGGAUGGUUGGGGUCAGCUGUAUGCUACAUUAAUAUCAAUCAAACGUUUGUUUCUUUCCCCUAAAUGAACCCCAGGAACUGCCUGAUCUCCACCUACCUCUAAACCUUCUGUGUCCUCGAGCUCAAAGACAGGGGAGGGAUCUCGGCAUGCACAAUGUUUACCAUUGUGACAGUUUCUCUCCACCCAAAGACCAGCUGGAGGUUAAGGUUUUUUCUGUAGGUCGGCUAAAGCAACGUCUUUCUUUAACCCUCGUGCUGCCUUCGGGUCACAUGACCCAAAGGUUCAUAACGAACCAUUGUUGUGUUUACCCAAUACAAAAACAAAUAAAAAUAAUUUUCUUUUAACCAUUCCAAUGUGGGGGGUCUGAGACAGCCCGACAGUUAAAAGAAAAUGCUUCACUUUGUUUUUGUAUGAGGUAAAUUUGUCGCAAUACGACGGUGGGUCACAAUGACUGAUGGGUCAGAAUGACCCGAAGAUAACACAAGGGUUAAAGACAAUCUACUUGAGUUGAGAAAAGCGGCAUAGGUUGAGUGUGGGUUGAGUUUGGUAUGUAAACUGUAAGGCACUGUCUUUUAGUUUGACUUUCUCAUGCUUAUGUUGUACCUGAUCUAGUGGUUGAUUUAGUGUGUGUCUGUGCAUGGAUGUUGGUGUUUCCUAUCAGUGCUUGAUUUCACGUGUUAAUUCUCAAGAUUUCCUAUGGUAAUGUUUUGGUGAAGAUUAAAUGAAUCGUGUUUGGUCAAUUAAAUUCCCUGAUUAUAAGA